AUGAAUACCGAGUCUAUUCAAGUAUCAAAUGAUGGACUGGAGAAAUCAGAAACUCAUAAGGGGGAAAACAUUGGUUCGCAUGCGACGCGGGUUACCACCGAGGGAGCUGUUAUAGAUGAAGUUACCGGGGAGGAAGUUGAGCCCGUUGUUACUUUUAAGACAUGGAUUGUGGUAAUGAUCCUUUCUUGUGGUUAUGGACUGUCUUUCUGGCCUAUCCCGGUCAUGGCCAACAUUGGCGGCCUGAUUGCCACUUCCUUUGACCAGCCCACCUCCUACGUGUGGUAUAUCCCGGCAUGGACUAUCUCCAUUACUUGUUGUUUUAUGAUAUGCGGCGCGAACACUGAUCUCCUCGGUCGGCGCUGGUUCCUCGUAGGCGGCAAUCUUGUCUCGACCGUUGGGCAUAUUGUUGUCGCUACAGCCAAAGGACCACGCGCAGUCAUUGCGGGCAUGGCAAUAGCAGGGUUUGGCGGAGGCAACUGUCAAAUGGCAGCUUUCGCUCUGCCCGAGCUGCUGCCGAACAAGUGGCGACAUAUCGGCGUAGUGAUCGCAGACUUUACAACAGUGAUAGCGGUCAUUGUCGGACCCAUAUCCGGAUUGUACGGUUUUCACGAGGGUUCGUGGCAGUGGAACUUUGGAGUAGCUGCAAUCGCUCAAUUCCUUUCCUUCCUGGGCUUGUUGUUCAUGUAUUUUCCCCCGGCGCAUCCCUACGGUAUUCCCCCAAGACAGCUCCUCCGAGAGAUUGACUACGUUGGGAUGUUCUUGUUCGUUGCGGGCGCAGUGCCUGUCUUGGUGGGCAUCGUCUGGACCACUGUCUUUCCGUCAGAUGACGCUCACGUAGUAGCCGCACUGGUCAUCGGGUUCGCUUUCAUUGUGGCUUUUGCUCUUUGGGAGAUCUUUUCCAAGACCAAACAUCCGCUUACUCCUACAUACGUCUUCACGUCAUCCUGGGGUCGCGACUUUACAGCCCCUGCCAUCGCCCUGGCGGUCGUCAACAUGUUUUACUAUUCUAGUAGCAUCAUAUGGCCCACCAUCGUCAUCUCUUUCUACACGAACGGUGGGGUCAAUUGGCGCUACGCUAUGGCUCUAUCUUUACCACAAGGCACGGCUAUCACAUUUGGUGCGAUUCUGCUGUCAGUAUUUGGUUCCAAGAUCAAGCGCUGGCAUUGGCAGUUGACAGGCUCUGUGUUCGUCAUGGUGCUCUUCGGGUCUUUACUGGCGCUCGUUACACCGACGAACAAGGGAUUGAUGGUUGCGAUGGUGUUCUUGUCACAAACAGGCUAUGGCUGGGCGAUAUACCUGUCCAUUGCUGUAGCGCAGAUGGGUGUUGAGCAUAAGGAUCUGGGAUUGAGCGGAGGUAUUGCAGGCGUCUCUCGCUUUGCAGCUGGAUCAAUCGCCGCCGCAGUGUACACGACGAUUCUGUCCAACGAAACUACAAAGUCGAUAGCCAAGCUAGUUCCCGCCGCCGCAAUCGCCGCAGGCCUUCCAGUCUCGAGCAUUCCCGACCUUAUGAAGGUGGUGGGUACUCCGGCUCUGGCUAAGAACUUCAGUCCGGAAGUAGUAGCCGCCGUAGGUGCGGCGGUGGCACAAGCAACCGUCCAUGGACUCAGACUGGUGGCGUUCGCAUCUUUGGCCUUUGGUUGCGUAGGUAUUAUUGCUUGCUUGUGUUGCAAGGAUGUCGAUAAGAAGAUGAACAAUAAGGUUUGUACCCUGCAUCAUCAAGCGGGCGGUUAUGACGGCUAA